AUGUCACGAGCAAAUGGUGGAAAGUUGAGCAUCUAUGUCGAUUGUGUAUCUCCAUAUUCUUGGUUCGGAUAUACCAACAUCGUCCGUUAUCGCCCUCUCCUCAAUGCUCAUAAUGUCGCCGUCGACACAAUCCCCUUCUUUCUUGGCGCAGCCCGUAUGAAUGCCGGAAACCCCUUUGCGCCAACUCCUAAAUUCAGAGAAGACUUCUCAGCGCAAGAUUUCGAUACGACGGGACGUUUAUUGGGACUGAAAGUCGUGCAGCCGAAAGUCUUUCCUAUCAAUUCCAUCUUCGCCGUUCGUGUUGCCACCUGGGUUAAAGAUAAUUACCCCCAGGACAAGCUUGAUGCAACGUUCUUAGCUCUAGCCUCGGGGUACUGGAGCAAAGGAAUCAAUGUCUCCUCGGCUGAGGGUAUCACUGAGGCGCUUGAUGGUAUCUUUCCAGCUGCGGAGUUAGAGAAGAUCCUAGCAAAUGCUGUGACGCCUGAAAAUAAGAAGAGGGUUAUUGACCAAACAAUGGGGGCUGGUGCUUUUGGCGCACCUUGGAUAGUGGCGGUGAAUAGCAAUGGGGAAAAGAAGUCUUGGUUUGGAAAUGAUAGGUGGGAUCAGGUGUUUGCGCAUCUCAAUGUGCCGUAUACGCCUUUGUCAAUUAUUCCCCCAAGCAAACUAUAG